GACGUCACUUGCUUCACGUUCUGAGGCAAAACAAAGGGACUACGAUCGUGUAGGUUAUACUUGCCACGAUAAUAAGAAAUCAUAGUUAUAUAGUCAUUUGAUUGAAGCUAGUCACUACUUCACCGAAAUGGAUCCACCUUCGAGCGACUCGUCAGCGGAACUCGAAAUCGAUCUUGAAGAAGAUAAUUUGCUCGACGAAGUGUUGUGUAUGAACAAUAGAGAGAUUGUCGAAUCCAAUCAAAAUGGGAUGACGAAAAAAGUCAACGUAGAAAGCAGCGCAUGGUAUGAGGACGAGGAAGAAGAUAUGGAUGUUCAUAGUAAGGAGGAAAAAGAUACGGAUGUUCGCAAUAAGGAGAAAGAAGAUACGAAUGUUCGCAAUAAGGACAAAGAAGAUACGGAUGUUCGCAAUAAGGAGAAAGACUCGAGUGCGCGAUGUGAUAAUGAUAGUCAAACAGAGCGCGAAGGAGGCACAAAUAUUAAGUAUAUAGAGUAUAAAGACAAUGUAAAGAAUAAGCCAGAUGAUUCGCAUAUCUGGCGCAAGCGAGUAAGACAAGAUAGUAUAGAUCACGAGAACACCAAGGUUUCUCGUAGUAGACGCUACUCCAGUGACUCCAGUACGACCACAAAUUCAUCGGAAAGUAGUAAAAAGCAAAUAGAAUACGAGACAGAUCCAGUUGUGCUGGCACGCAGACAGAAAGAAAUUGAUUAUGGGAAGAACACUAUUGGAUAUGAUAGAUAUAUAAAGUUAGUUCCUAAAGAGACACGUACACGAGAAGAUCCAAGAACACCACCGAAAUAUAUAAAAUACAGUAGGAGAGGCUGGGAUGGUAUGGUGAAAUUGUGGAGGAAGAAACUUCAUUCUUGGGAUCCUCCUCAGGAGAACGACAAGGCUAAUUAAGAAGCUGUCUUAUUUUGUCGUUCUGUUCAAGAUAUACUGCCAAUAUCAUUUCCUUUAAUUUAUAUAUAAAUUAUAUUAUUUUAAAGCUAUUCUGUUAUCCAUUUUUAGCGCUUGAAACCUUUUUUAUAGUACAUAGAUUAUAUUAACAGCUGUAUAGUAUAGAAACAACAUAAGUGAUAUUUUUGUCCUAAUUUAUGUUGAUUUAAUUAUUGGCUUUUGAAACCUUAAUUUCAUAGAUGAUUUUGUAUAAUUAAAAUAAUUUAUGUAUAUUAAAUGUCUCUUUUGAGACAGCAUUUGCA